AUAAACUCGUGUGGUCGGUUGCUGUACGUUCAGGGUGACCUGCCCGGCGCGGAGGCGCUGUAUCUCGAGGCGGUGGGGGGGAGGCGAGAUCAGCUCGGCGACCGGCACCCGGACACACUCGUCUCGAUCCACAACCUCGGCAGGCUGCUGAGGGCCAAGGGCGACCUGAACGGCGCGGAGGCGCUGCUCCGCGAGGCGGUGCUGGCGAGGCGAGACGUGUUUGGCGGCCGGCACCCGGACACGCUCGCCUCGAUCGAGUUCCUCGGCACGGUGCUAAAGGCCAAGGGCGACCUGGACGGCGGGGAGGCGCUGCUUUGCGAGGCGGUGGAGGGGCAGCGAGAGGCACUCGGCGACCGGCAUCCGAGCACGCUCCACUCGAUCAACAGCCUCGGACACCUGCUGUGCGACAAGGGCGACAUCGAGGGCGCGGAGCCGCUCUAUCGCGAGGUGCUGAAGGGGAACAGAGAGACCCUCGGCGACCGGCAUCCAGACACGCUCGCUUCGAUCGCCUGCCUCGGCAUGCUGCUCGACGACAAGGGCGACCUGGACGGCGCGGAGCCGCUGUAUCGCGAGGCGCUAGAUGGGACUCGAGAGACACUCGGAGACCGACACAUGUACACGCUCGGCUCGAUUGGCAACUACGCCGACCUGCUCUGCCGACGCGAUCCUGUACAUCCCAACCGCGCGCGGACGGCGAUGGGUGACGCGCCAGAGGUGGCGCGAGAGGUCUUAGGAGCAGACCACCCA